GCUCGGCUGACUGUUAAAGUAGCUCCUUUAGCUUGAGUUGUGGGGACCUGGACUUCAACAGCAGACAACAGAAGUGCCCGGCUUCAGGGAAACAGGUUUGCCCGGACCAGUGUGCUUCCCCAGUGACGGUCCGCGCAGCCAACAGGACUGGGACAAACCUCCAGGGCAGACAGAGACCACAGGCACGCAUUCGGCUUAAUGCAGCACUGCCCGUUAGCGGCAAGACGUGUGGGAAAUCAGGCAAUGACUUUGGUUUGCAUCAGCUCACAGCCGAGAGGAGCUAAGCAGGCAGACGGCUAUCGCGCCGUAAUUGUUUAAUUAUGAUUAAACAACUAUAAUCUGAGCGAGUUGAAUAAAGUCAGAGCCAAUUGCAUUUGAAAAGUUUGUAUCUGGAAGGUGUCUGAGCACAAACCACGCUGUUUGCUCCGUUUCAGUCUGUAACAGUAUAGACCAAGCUAGGUCUCACAGUCAGCCCCGCCAGCGGGAGCCCACAGCAAACACCGACCCCCGCCUCAACACGGCCGCCGCACUACGUGCGAGGACGGGGACGGACGACCCGCAGCUCCCACAGCCUCAGUCCAGGGAGAGCGCCUCUCAUCGCCCCCUCCCGAGUGCCGGCGGUGGACGGACCGCACGGCGGGCCCGGAGCCGCCCCUCCCCUCCCCGCCCCGUCCCUCCCGCAGGGCCCCGCUCCGCCCGCCGCCGCCGCGCUCAACAUGGCUGCUGCGCUGGGAAGGCUCCUGCGGACCGCGGUGCCCGCUGCUGCCGCCGCCGUCGGGAGGAGGCUGACGGCACAGCCCCUGCCCUGCGCCCGGCGCCAGUUCAGCCUCGGCUCCUCGCGGUUUGCUCCAGCGGUUACACAACACGCCCCGUUCUUUAAAGGAACGGCUGUUGUCAACGGGGAGUUCAAGGAGCUGAGCCUGGAUGAUUUCAAGGGAAAAUACCUGGUUCUCUUCUUCUACCCCCUGGACUUCACCUUUGUCUGCCCCACAGAAAUUGUGGCUUUCAGCAACAAAGCGAAUGAAUUUCGUGAUGUGAACUGUGAGGUGGUGGCAGUUUCUGUGGAUUCUCAUUUUUGUCAUCUGGCCUGGAUAAAUACACCACGAAAGAGCGGCGGUUUGGGCAAAAUGAAUAUUCCAGUUCUGUCAGACCUCACAAAACAAAUCUCCCGGGAUUAUGGUGUGCUGCUAGAAGGACCUGGCAUAGCGCUAAGAGGUCUCUUCAUCAUUGAUCCAAAUGGGAUCAUCAAGCAUCUAAGUAUCAAUGAUCUCCCCGUCGGUCGUAGUGUGGAAGAGACCCUCCGCUUGGUGAAAGCAUUCCAGUACGUGGAAACACACGGAGAGGUUUGCCCGGCAAACUGGACUCCAGACUCCCCUACAAUCAAACCAAGCCCAGAAGCCUCUAAAGAAUAUUUUGAGAAAGUGCAUUCAUAAACACUCAAAUACGUGGACAAAACUCUUAGUUACCGUACACUGAAGACAUUAAGAAUGCAGCUGUGAUUAUAAAAAAAAUAAAUAAAUCAAAGUUCUCAUUUUCUCAUGCUUAAAAAGAAAUUAAAUGUUGAAAUAUUUGCUGACUCCCUUGUCUUGUUUUAAAAAGAAGGAUAAAAACUAAGGCUUUUCUCCUCCCCUUUUGCAGCUUGUUUCAUGAAUUUCUGUGACCACUAGUCUUCUUCCUGAAUAUUGCAAAUACACAAACCACAGUUUUAUUCCACUGGGUUUUUCCUCUUUCCUUAAUUAGUUUUGGACCAGAAAGUGUCCUGUGUGUUCUUUCCUCACAUGAAACAUUAAAUUCUGUAACAAGGGUUUGAAAUAAUGGGACACAAUACAGAAAAUAGAACUUUGGUACAUGGUUUGUUUUUAAUGAAUUUUGCAGAUGAAGAGAUGAAUGUAACGUAAAAAUUUUUUAAAAAUCCCUAUUUUUGUGUGUAAAUGCACUGUAACUCAAAAUUAAUGUAAACAUGCCACUUUAAUCGUGAUUAUAGUCAAAGACGCAGCGUGGCUACCUAGGAGCAUUAAGCAUGAAGAAUUUGCGUUCUGCUUGGGAGACGGUAAAAACUUGGAUCCCAAUAGUGUCCUUACUGGAGCUUAAUGACAGUCUUCCGUCAUUUAAAGCAUUGCUUAUUUGCUUGAAUCUGUCUCCAGGAAAAACUUAAAGGUGAAAUGUACUGCUUGAAAACAAUGUAGCAUUAUCUCUAGCUAUAAUAAUAAUAAAUCUUAACAUUGACUAGCA